CAUAUUCUCCUAUGCAUUACUUGGCCACUCCAGCACUUAUUUGUUGUUAUAAUUGCCAUGACAUGACCAUUGCAUCUCAUUAGACUAAUGUAAAAAAGAGUUUUAAAUUCAAACCCUAAAUUCUACCAUAAAAAAAAAAAAUUCAAUUCAGUUCUUAUAUAAUUAUAUUACUUUUUUAAAUUAAAAAAAAUAAAUUUUUUCGCAUAUAGAUUUCUAGUAAAAUUUUAGUUUCAAACAAGUUCUAUAUGUUAUUAAGAUUUGAAUGCUUCCUCUACUUGCAUAUCAAUGCAUGUGAGUUUGAGUUUCUUCAACAUUCAAUAUCUUAAGUUAGGCAAAACACUCUAAGCAAUAUUUAUAUAAAGUUGAAACCUUCAUUUCCCUCAUAUCCUAUUCAUCACCAUUGCUGGGUCAACACCUUCUGUGUAGCGCAAUUUAAUGAACAUUGAACUCAAUAUCUAUAAUUCUCUAUUUUGCCAAUGCAAAUCUUUUGACAUCUCUCCCUCUCCAAGUUCUCAAGAUGAAAACUUCUUCCAUCCAAUCUUUCCUUCUCUCUUUUCUGAUCAUCGCCUUCCUCUUCUCAAUAUUAUCCUUGCCAAGAUAUGUCUAUGGUAAUGAACUAUACUCCAACUGUGCUCCUUUCAGCUGUGGAAACAUCACUGAUAUUAGCUACCCCUUUUGGGGAAACAACCAGCCUGAGUACUGUGGGAGGCCAGGCUUCAAGAUUGAUUGCAAGGAAGAAGUAGCAACUUUGGAUAUCAUGUCCCUCAAGUAUCAGGUCAUUGCAAUCAAUCCUGACACUCAAAUCCUGAGGAUUGCGAGACUAGAUCUACUGACUAGCAUUUGUCCUCGUCAGUACUUCAAUACCACCUUGAAUCUUACUCUCUUCAAUUAUACUUCUAAUGAUGUGGUGGAUGCCACCUUGUUCUACAAUUGUGAACUAUCACCAGAAUCUUUGGUUUUUAACGAAUUUAGCUGCCCCAUAAAUAACGUUCCUCGGGAUGCCUACUUGAUGGUGCCCACAGUUUCCAGAAAUGAAUAUUUGUUGGGUUGCAACAUUAGUAUUGCAAUUCCAAUCCUGGCGAGGGCUGUUCAGGGAUUGUUGCUAGCAGAGUUGACUGUUAUCCAAGUUCUAAAUCAAGGCUUUGAGGUUAGGUGGAUUCUGGAUCAAGUGCAAUGUGGAGAUUGUUUAAGGUCAGGUGGAAGAUGUGGAUAUAAUUGGACUGUGAAUCAAUUCAGUUGCUUCUGCCCUGACCAAGCUUAUUCCAGGACGUGUCCAAGCCCCAUGCCAUCAGGAAGCUUGUUGAAUCCUGGAGAAACUACUUCAGGUAAGUGUGCAUUUGACUCUUGAAUCUAGCUAUCAAGUUGGCUUCUAGGUACUAAUUAUAGGAAGUGAACAUUAAUAAGAGGAAUCCAAUUGCAUCCGAAGUCUAAUGAUUUCCCUCGAAUUUCAACUAAUCUAAGGUUUUGGCUUCACAUCUUGCCUUAAA